AUGGCCUCGCAUCCCUCCCGUGCAGACUACAUCAUCAUCGGCGGCGGCACGGCCGGCCUGGUCGUGGCCAAUCGCCUGGCCGAAAACCCCAACAUCGAGGUGCUCGUGCUGGAGGCUGGGCCGGACCGUACCUCGGAGGGCCGCGUCCAGGAUCCGGCCGCCUGGCCCACCCUGACCGGCUCCGAUGUGGACUGGCAGUUCCAGACCGUGCCUCAGCCUGGCCUGAACAACCGCCACCAAGACCAGCCCGCGGGGAGAGUCCUGGGCGGCACGUCCUCCAUCAGCGGACUGGCCUUUGUGCCGCCAUCGCCGGCGGGCAUCGACGCCUGGGAGGCGCUGGGCAACCCGGGCUGGAACUGGAGCAAUCUAUCCCUGGCCCUGGAGCGCAGCUUCCACACCUCCCUUCCGGCUGAUAGCGCCCUCCCCGCACAUCCCGCCAACGGCCCCGUCGCAGUCACCUACCCCGCCCUGUCGACCCCCGGCAACCACCCGCUCAUCGACGCCUGGAACAACACCCUCGCCGCCCAGGGCUACCCCUUCCGCGACACCUUUCUACCCACCCCCACCACCACUGGCACCCGCCCCUACACCGCGGCCAUCACCCCCGGGGGCCUCCGCAGCGCCAGCACCCACUACACCACCCCGCGCCCAAACCUGCACAUCCUCACCAACACCCCCGUCGAGCGCAUUCUCUUCGACCCCUCCACCUCCCCGAUGACCGCCACCGGCGUCCUCCUCCACAACAACCCCGACCCCAUCACCGCCACCAAAGAAGUCAUCCUCGCCGCCGGCGCCUUCCAAACCCCCAAACUCCUCGAACUCUCCGGCAUCGGCUCCGCAUCGCUGCUAACCACCCACAACAUCCCCUGUCUCAUCGACCACCCCUCCGUCGGCGAAAAUCUCCAGAACCAGCUCCUCGCCAUCCUCCCCAUCCCCGUCAAAGCCUCCCCAGACACCGCAGGACUCACACCGGGCAUCCAAGCCCUAGCCUUCGUCCGCUCCGGGUCCGAAGCAGACCUCCUCUCCCAACACGGCCACGGAAUCCCCCCACCCCUGCACACCCUGCUAUCCACCGAUACAGAACCGACAGCCUGCACCUUCCUCACCACCCUCUCACCCUCCAUCGCCCUCCUAGGUCUCAUCCCCAGCUACCCCCUCUCCCGCGGCUCCGUGCACAUCUCCUCUCCCCAUCCGGACGAGAAACCGACCAUCGACCCCAACUUCUUCUCCCACCCCCUCGAUCUCCCCCUCAUGGCUUCCCACUUCAGAAAUCUGCAAUCCCUCCCGUCCACCUCCCCCCUCAAUGAAUUCCUCAUCCCCCCGCCGAAUUUACCGGCUGAAGCGCUGGAUCUGGCCAUUCUGCAGGAGGUCCUGAAGGCGUCUGCGCUGGCGACGCAUCAUGCCUGCGGAACGGCGGUCAUGGCGCCGAAGGAGGAGGGUGGGGUCGUGGAUAGCCAGUUGAGGGUGUACGGCACGGCGAAUUUGAGGGUUGUCGAUGCGAGUAUUUUUCCCGUGGGCGCGGUAGCCUAUCCGAUUGCUACGGUUUAUGGGGUGGCGGAGAGGGCGGCCGAGUUGAUUGCUGGGGAGGGAGAGCGGGGGCCUGUAGGGCUGUAG